GAACAAUUUAGCCCUCACGGGCCGCCAAAAUGGCAUAAAUUCUUCCAAUAGACUACUUUCUUUCGGCUCAUAAUCAUAAAGAGGUUGUUCUUUUCACAAAUACACAAAGAAGAUAUGCUCAGGGAAAGCUGGCUGAGUGCUGUGGUGCUUCUUGUGAUAUUUUGUUUUGUUGGAUUUGGUAACAAAACACAAGAAACUGUAGUAAAUGUAUUACCGCACCGAGCAUUGCAGGCUCACAACAAAUACCGCGUGGUGCACCAUUCUCCUGCUCUGAACUGGUCAGAUGGCCUGGCAGCAGAGGCACAAGCUCUUGCACAAAGUUUAGCGACACAAAGCUCACUCUCUGAAAGGAAAGAUUCAGCCAUGGACUUAGGUCAAAACUUGGCAAAACUGGCAGGUUCCAUGGCAUGUGAGGAUGCGGGAGAAAUCGCAACAAACCUGUGGUACAGCCAGGCCAAAAAUUACAGUUACUCUGAUCCAAGACUCAACGCAGACACUGACACUUUCACACAGGUUGUGUGGAAAGGCACACAAGAACUCGGAAUUGGCUGCGCCAGAAGUUCCGUAGCACCCUCAGGGCCCAUGUACGUAGUGGCUUUAUAUAAGCCAGCGGGAAAUAUUCCAAAGCUGUUACGCAAGAAUGUAUUUGAGCCAGGUCCUCGCGGAGAUGAUCCAGAUGUCUACUCAACAUUGUUUAGACGUCAAUUCAAAGGAAGUAAAAGCCUUGGAAAAGCGAAAAGCCUGGGGCGAAUUCAACGGAAAAGCCAUCAUCUUCGAUUAAUAACUUGAAAGGAAUAAUCGAACA